AUGGACAUCAACUCUAUCCUCACCUUUCGCGAAUCCUGGCCCGUGUCCGGCUCCCUGGAAUCGGAUGAUCUCUACAAGGAGUUGCGCCGUGUUGAUCUGUUCGACCAGAUCCUCCACGCAUAUUACUCCCGGCUUGAAGAAGGAUGGGGGAAAUGGGGCGGCUUUUUCCGAGACAGCACAAAACACCGACCGUUGUUUCUGAGCGUGGAGGCAGAAGAUGCCGCCGUUUAUGCCUAUUUACUGCAGGCGCUUCCAAGGUACACGCGCAGGGAUGAGGAGGACCCCGAGGCGGACUGGAACAAGUUCGCCAAGGACUUCGCGGCAGAGGUCACUAAGCCUGAUGCCAUGAGACACCCAACAGACUAUCGUCCCAUUGAACUUAUUCUCAUGGGCCGGUGCCUCGCUGUGAGAGGAUGGUGCUCUCGACAUGAAGAGUUUCUCAGAAGAAGAGAGAAACAGCUUCAACAAGGCAAAAUACGAGCACUUCACAUCCUUGAUCUGCCAAUGGACAUUCUGGAGGAUAUAUUUGACAACUUUCAACAUCAGCCUAAGUCGGGUGCAGUGGACUGGGAACAAGAACAGCACAAAGCUCGAGACAGAAAGGUCCGUCUUGAAACCAUCCGCAGUGCGCGGCUCGUAUGCCGUGCCUUCAACAGGCUCGCAUCAACUCUGCUCUGUCCAAUUCUUCACUUGAGCAUCGACCAGCAGUCCAUAGAUCGGGUGCAGAAGAUUGUCGGUAAUCCUUUGAUCAGCGCUGGAGUGAGAGGCGUCAGGCUAGCGCUCAGCUAUUGCCUAUCCGAGAUUGCCAUGGACGAAUCUCGGUUUCUCGAGAUAGCCCGAAGAGAGGUUGGAGAUCUAUAUGACCACUGUUGUCACGUAUUUAACAAUGAUGAUGAUCAUCGGAUGGUGGCGGCGCGAAACGGCUUCGAGACGAUCAAGGACGCCAUGACCAUGUACCGAGAAACUGCCACUUGGAAAUCGGCUCUAACGACAGGCCUGCGAUUCAGAAGCGUAUCUAGGUACGUCGAGGCACUUCGUCGGGGUUUCCAAGGCUACAGAGACUUGCACAAUGAGCAGGCUGGUCUCUUGGGGCAUGGUGUGUUCUCAAGCACUCUCGCGUCGCUUCUCGCCAAGCUCCAAAGACCUAUUGCCCUAAACCUGUUUUUCGACGACCCCGAAGGUCUGCCAUAUGUCGAAGCGAAUGGCAUACAGGGCGCGCCCGAAACGAAGCGAACACCGGACAUAUUCAUAAACCCAGACUCACUGACAGAAUGGAUACGCAAAGCACACAGCCGCCACUUUGACGGGGACAUCGAGUUCGAGUCAGCCAAGUUCAUCUGCGAACUGCCUAUUGCAUUGCAGAAGGAGGGGGUUCUGGUCACUCGCUUUUCCCUAAACGACAUGACUCACGUACGCUCCAUCGCACCUCUUGAUCCACGGAUGUAUCGUCCGAUCUUUGGGCCACAGAUCGAUUGGACCAAUCUUUCUUCCUUCGGCGAAAAUUUGAAAUCGUUUGAGUUGCUCUCUUGGGGAGCAUCUUCGCUGAUGGAUGUUGGAGAGGAGAUGUACACAUCGUUGAGAGCUACUUGCGGUCGAUGUUGUCGAACAGCGGCCUCGUUGACGUAG